AUGCAUUUUGUACACCUGUGGUUAACUCGUUCCCUAUCCAUGUGUUUGCUUUUACAAAGUUUUGUCCUCAUGAUACUGUGCUUUCAUUCUGCCAGUAUGUGCCCGAAAGGCUGCCUCUGUUCCCACUCUGGAGGUCUGAAUGUCAGCUGUAGCAAUGCAAACCUCAAGGAAAUACCCAGAGAUCUCCCUCCAGAAACAGUCCUGCUUUAUUUGGACUCCAAUCAGAUAACAUCUAUCCCAAAUGAAAUUUUUAAAGACCUGCACCAACUGAGAGUCCUCAAUUUAUCAAAAAAUGGAAUUGAGUUUAUAGAUGAACAUGCCUUUAAAGGGGUAGCAGAAACCUUGCAGACUCUGGAUUUGUCUGACAACAGGAUUCAAAGUGUGCACAAAAACGCUUUCAACAACUUGAAGGCCAGGGCUAGAAUUGCAAACAAUCCCUGGCACUGUGAUUGCACACUGCAGCAGGUGUUGAGAAGCAUGGCCUCUAACCAUGAGACAGCCAACAAUGUUAUCUGCAAGACUUCUGUGCUGGAUGAACAUGCAGGGAGACCGUUCCUCAAUGCUGCCAACGAUGCUGACCUCUGCAAUCUUCCUAAAAAGACUACUGAUUAUGCCAUGCUGGUCACCAUGUUUGGCUGGUUCACCAUGGUGAUCUCAUACGUGGUUUAUUAUGUCCGACAAAAUCAGGAGGAUGCAAGGAGGCACCUUGAGUACUUGAAAUCCCUGCCAAGCAGGCAAAAGAAACCAGAUGAAGCUGAUGACAUUAGCACUGUGGUAUAG